CUUUUCCUCUGCACUGCUGCAUUGGUGCAACAAGUUAGAGUGACACAAAUAUAUAUUUGUUUCACUUUAACUUAUGACACCAGUGCAGAAAUACAGAGCAAAAGAACAGACCUCUAAUCUCACUUCGCAUACAUACGCUGAUAACGCGUAAUGAUGACGCAUAUUUCAAAGUCGCAAUAAGUUCUACUGUGCCUGCAAAUUAGUUUUAAAAAAUACAGUUGUUCCGAUAUAUAUUUUUAACCUAUAUUUAUACGCAGAAUAAUAAUAUUAAAACAAUGACUAUGAAUGCUGCGAGAGCUGUACUUAACCAAGGAAAAACUGCGUUACUCGUAUGUGAUAUUCAGGAAGGAUUUGCUAAGGCUAUGAAAGGCUUUGAUCUGUUUGUUCAAAAUUCAUCCAGACUGGUCAGUGCUUUAAAAAUCCUGAAUGUGCCUAUGAUAGUUUCUGAACAGUAUCCAAAGGCUCUAGGAAAAACUGUUCCUGAAAUUGAUAUUUCUGGUGCCAAAGUUUUUGCUAAGACCCAAUUUAAUAUGUGCAUACCUGAAUUGCGUAAAGAACUUUCAACAAUUUGUUCUGGCAAAAAACCUGAAUCUAUCAUACUAAUAGGCCUUGAAGCACACAUAUGUAUAGAAAACUCAGCUAUUGACUUAAGAAUGAAUGGUUAUGAAGUUCAUCUUGUCGCAAACUGUUGUUAUUCUCGUACUCAAGAAGAUCGACUACUUGCUCUUCAGAGAAUGCGAGAUAUAGGGUGUCAAAUAACCACUUCCGAAAAUGUUUUAUACAAAUUGAUGAAAGAUUCAAAUCACAAGGAAUUUAAGAAUGUACUCUCUUUUGUUAAAACACCAAUUGCAUACACAGGACUUGUUCCUGUUGCCAAAAUAUAAAUAUUCCUGAAAAUGAAAAUGUUUCUUGUUGCAAUGUUAUACUUUAUUGAAUCAAUAAUUCCUUUGAUAAAGUAUAUUUGUUUAUAAUAGUUGGUUUUAAAUAGGUUUAAAAGAUAGUAGAGAAUAUUUUGUAAAAAUAUACACUUUAUUUUCACACUCCAGAAUACAAAUGUACGUCGUAAAAAUUAUUUUUUAUGAUUAACACUUAGAUAUAUUGUAAAAAUAAUGUAAAAAUGGCAGUAUGUGUAAACUAAAAAAAAAUAUAAUAAACCCUGAAAGUUUCUUUAGAUCAAUAAAGCAUAUUAAAUUGAAUUA